CUGGUGGGUCUGGUCGGAAACACUCUGGCCAUCUACGUGGUGCUGCGCUACGCCAAGAUGAAGACCGUCACCAACAUCUACAUCCUGAACUUGGCCGUGGCCGACGAGCUCUACAUCAUCGGGCUGCCCUUCCUCACCACCCAGAACGUGCUCUCCUAUUGGCCGUUCGGCUCCUUCCUCUGCCGCGUUGUCAUGACGGCGGACUCCAUGAACCAGUUCACGUCCAUCUUCUGCCUCACGGUCAUGUCCAUGGACCGGUACCUGGCCGUGGUCCACCCGAUCCGCAGCACCAAGUGGAGGCACCCGCGCGUGGCCAAAGUGGUGAGCGCGGCCGUGUGGGCCGUGUCCUUCAUCGUCGUCCUGCCGGUGGUCAUCUUCUCGGACGUGCAGGACCAGUUUAAUUCCUGUAACAUGAUCUGGCCGGAGCCGAAGGACGUGUGGUCAACAGCCUUCAUCAUCUACACCUCCACGGUGGGCUUCUUCGGGCCGCUGCUCAUCAUCUGCCUCUGCUACCUGCUCAUCGUGGUCAAGGUGACGCGGAUGGUGGUGGUGAUCGUGGUGGUGUUCGUGCUCUGCUGGCUGCCCUUCUUCAUCAUCAACAUGGUCAACCUGGUGGUCAUCAUCCCCGAGUCCAGCACCACCGCCGGGAUCUACUUCUUCGCCGUCAUCCUGUCGUACGCCAACUCCUGCGCCAACCCGCUGCUCUACGGAUUCCUGUCCGACAACUUCAAGCAGAGCUUCAGAAAGGUUCUGUGUGUGAGGAGUCUGAGGUGUGCUGCUAACGGGGUGGACGAUGGAGACCCCAGUGCCCCCCGCACCGAGAAAACCACGGCUCAGGACUGCAUCCUGCUCUCGCCCCGCAACGAGGUCUACCAGGACCCCCAGAGCAGCCAGGUAACAACCACGGGGGGGUAG